UUUCAGGUUUUUGAUUCCGCGUCCGCUGGACGUUUGUUGAUGUCGUUCAUUUUCGUGUAUUAUUUCGGAAUUAUUCGUGCUUGAGGUUCAUUUGCAUGAGAUUUCAUGUUUACUCAGAAAAGUAAUGAUACGUUUAGGCCAGUUUGCGAAAUCGAAUACAUAUUUCCUCAUAAUUUAAUGUUCUAACGCUUUCCAAACAAGGAGGAUGGUGUAAUGCUACAAUUAUUUUAAAAUCAUCAUCUGAUCAUAUGCUGUAUGGUAUUUCAAGGAAAUUGGUCUUAGUGUUUUUUGUUUUUACGGAAGUUGUUGUACAUGUCUUAAAUCUAACAGUUAGUCAUAAUGCAUCGAUCCCCGCUACAACUGAAUCAAAGAAUUUGCGUGUGCUCUACCGUUUUUACAAGCCUGAUAAUCUUGAUUUUGUGUAUGUCGCAAGUGUGAAUUCAAUUAGACAAUUUAGUGUCGAUAAACUACAGCUUGUUGCAGAACGUAUUACUGGUCCACAUAACUUCUCCAUCUAUUGUCUAUCGAAUGGUGAUAGCUGUGAAAAGUGUAUGCAUGUAGAUCGGUCAUCGUUUCCCUUUGGUUAUGGUGCUGAUUUCUGUCUCCCCCAUCCAACUAACAACUAUGUCAAAGCAUGGGGUACUUCAGGUUUUCCAGGCCCUGAAAUACAUAGUUUCAACUACUCUGAGUGGGACCAUGAAUCUCAUUUCGUAAAUGAUGAGAGAAUAACCUUCGAAGAUAGCUUAUAUGUAUGCAAUACUGUCUUUCAUGGAUACUGUGAAAGGCUAGGUUUGAUAAAUGUCAGUCAAGAAUCCCCAUGGUCAAUCGGUACAAGAAAUCCACUGGUAGACAAGAAAAGUAAAAACCCACAAGAAAUACCAGUUGUUGGAUCUCUUCCCUAUACGCAUUCUGUUCUAGUUGUUGGUUCAGAAUAUAUUUAUGUGGGCACAGAGCCUGAUGGACUCCAAGAACACACGCUCAUUACAUUUGAUCCAAUAACUGUGAGACUAAAAAACUUUCACUUAUGUAGUACUCAACCUAGCUUUGAAAGCAGAGCGCAGUUGUCAACAAAUCCGAGCUUACGGAUACAAUACAAAUCUUCUUUCCGAUACAGAUCAAUGCCAACUAAUUUGGAGUUCCAAGAUCAACUGUUUAGACCUGCUUAUGUAUAUUUCGUUCUUCAGCAGCCUGAAAGUUCACUUUUUUUCCGGUGGCAAUCACGAAUAGCUCGAGUGUGUGACGGAGAUAAGUUUAUUUCCUCUUACGUUGAACUGAAUAUAGCAUGUUUUGAGUGUAUAUUUGAAGAUGAUGAAAAAAUGUUUAACGCAUUACAUUUCUCUUCACGUGGCACUGUUGGGAAGCAGUUAGCUAGAGAAUUAUUAGAAAACUUUCAGUCCCAGUAUGAUGAUAAUUUGUAUUCUAAAAUUGAUAUAACUACUAAUGAUCAUUCAGAAGUUCUUAUUGUAGCGUUUGCUUCACAACCUAUCGACCCUUUAUAUUAUUGGUCUACACGAAAUGUUAGUCCAGAUAUUGAUUUGCCGAAUGUUCAAUACAAUCCUGAUUCAUCAUAUCGACAUGGAUCAAUUUUGUUGCCUGGUUCUGCUAUCUCCUUAUUUUCUAUGACACAGAUCAAUGCCAAAUUUGAUCGUGUCGUUAUGAAUUGUUUGGACGGCAUUGGAAUGCAUGGACCGUCACAUUUUCUACAUUCUGGAAGUAGCGGAAAUUCUAGAUGUGUUAAAGAUGAUUAUUCUAGGAAUUUGAUCCAUGACUGUCCUAGUAGUCGUCAACUCAAUCAAUUUAUUACAGGGAAUGAUCCAGACGAUGAUAUCUAUUCUCCAGCAUUGUUGUACUUCAAAUCUAAUGUUACCGGUAUGGCAAUAACCGCUGUAUCAGAGGAAUUCACAGUUGCAAUAUUUACAACAGAUGAUGGCUAUCUAUACAAGUAUGAGCUUCUUGGUCUUCGCAAAGUACAUCUUUUAGGAUCUUUACAACUGGUUACAAAUGGUCAACCAAUAACAAGCCUAGCAUUGGACCACACUGGGACAAUAGCUUUUGCGACAUCAUUUCAAAAGGUUUUUCGCAUUGAGUUAUUCAACUGUUCAGCGUACUUAACAUGUCAGUCAUGUUUAAAGGCUCGUGAUCCUUAUUGUGGUUGGUGUAUAGCAGAAGGUCGUUGUUUACUGUUUCACCAAUGUCCUUUAGUAAUGUCUCGUCUAAAAACACUUAAUGAUCUCAAAAAGAAACGAUCUCCAAACAGGUAUGCUGGUAGGGAAUAUUCUGCAUCGGAUCGAGUUUAUUGGUUACACUAUAAUACCUCUACCAAUAAAUGCCCAGUAAUUAGACAAGUUAGUCCGCCUGGUAUUCAAAUAGGUAUAACCCCAACGGUUUCUUAUGCAAAGGAGAAUAGUCACUAUUAUCAGCAAAACAUAAUUCUGAGCUUGGAUUCAUUUCUUUCACAGAACCUCCCUAAUCCUGACUUUCCAGAAGAAUCUCUUUCUAGAAAUCAACCUCAUCAAAUAAAUCCAUUUGAGGAUUUCGGGAAUUCCCAUCAUCCAUCACUGGAUAAAAGUAGUAUUGCUACGAGCUCACAGUUGUUUUGCAGUUUUCGAGAAGCACCAACAUCGGUUCUUCAAAUGGAAUCCUUGAUCUCUGGAACUAUUUCUAAUUCUGAUUUAAAUAAAAUUUUGUUAAAUGUUACACGUACACCACUUCUCACUAGAACUGUUGCCAAGUUGUUUUACUCGUCUGGAAAACCUAUAGAAGCGCACUGCUUGUCUCCAGCCAUAGCAUCACAAUUAACUCAACUUGAGGAUGAUAAAGCUUCUCUACCUUUGUUGUUAUGGUUAGAAAAAGUAAGAACAACUGAUGUAGAUCCUGAUAAUGUCGGUGCACUUGCACCUGCUUUAUUUGGUAUUUAUAAUUGUUCUCAACUUAAAGAUUGUCAGUCUUGUACACGAAGUCGUUUUGUAUGCGCUUGGUGUCUAUUUGAAGAUCAAUGUGUUCCCGUUUUUCCAACAUUAUCAUCAGAUGGACAAAUAACAAAUAGUGUGUGUAAAGAUUCUUCUCAUCUUUACUCUAAAUCUUAUGAACAAAUUAAUCCUCCAUUUGGUAUUAUUCCUCCUGGUCAUGCUGACGACUGUCCAAGUUUCAAGGGAUCACCCCAAAGAAUCACAUUGACUAGUGGUUCAUCGCUUACUGUUAACUUCUAUGUUUCGAAUGUUCAGAAACAACAAAUUGUUGGAUUUAGUUGCUCAGAAAACUGUACAAAUCAACACGUUCGUGCUUCAUUUAACCCAUCUAAUUCAACCGUGUUCUGUCAUAUAGAAGUGAUGAAUUUAACCAAACACUUAAGUACUCGUCUGUUAAAUAACAAUGAUAUCCAACGAUCACAUGAUACAGCUGUAAUUUGUGGCUUAGAUCUUUAUUGGCACGGAUUGGACAGUCGUGAUGCAAAAGGCCAUCGUAUGGUUAACGAAGAUCAAGUUCAAGUGGAGGUUUAUGCAUGUGAAUGGUUGGCUGAAUACUGUGAUGAAUGUUUAGAUCUUCCCCCCCGAUUUGGUUGUGGCUGGUGUGUUAAUGCUCGGGAAAAUAUCCAUAUUAAUGACUAUGAGAAUAAAAACAUACUAAAUGAAGGCAAAUGUCGUACUCAGAAUUCAUGCGUUACACGUAAAUAUUUCAAUGGUUCUACAGCUGUACGUCAGCAUUCUUUUCGUCCGGGCGAUGUAUGCCCAAAUCCUGAAAUCUUAACUCUUUCCCCAACUAAUGCCACAUUGACAGGACAAACGAUACUUACUAUUACUGGUAGAAAUCUGGGUCGUAGUGUAUCUGAUAUAGUAGAUGUCUUUCUGGAUCUUCAAUCAAAAAUCCAAUGUAUUGUUUUAUCAGAAACAUAUCAACGUUCACAUAAAUUUAUGUGCAAGCUUGUUACAGCACCUCAUUUAUCACUUCCUGUUUCUGGCAAAUUAAAGGUUGUGAUAAGCAAUAAACGAUAUGAAGCAUUUUCACCUGUUUUUCACUUCGCUGUUCCUCAUUUAAUACAUGCCACACCUCACCGUGGACCUAAAGCAGGUGGAACCCGAUUAUAUUUAUCAGGUACUAACCUAAACAUUGGGAGGCAACGCGCUGUUUAUUUAUAUCUCCCAACAAUCAGUGGGACAAGUGAUGAAUCUUAUCAAAAUAGGUUUUCAGAAUCUGAUGUUCAUGUGAAAUGUGAAAUCGAACAGGAAUCUGAAACAUUAAUUGUUUGUUUAACUACUCCAUUACUUAAAGAAACAAUGAAUACAAUGAGAAAUAAAAAACAAUUUAAACGGCAUUCAUCAUUUGUAAACUCUUACGAUGAUGACAAUAAUAAGACAUCAAUAACACCAGAAACAACAACGAUAACAGAAGAUGAACAUCAUAUAUCAUUAUCAUUAGUUAUAAUGCAUGAUAUGACUUUAACUUAUCUAUCACAUUCAUUUUCAUUUAUCUAUACACCGAAUCCAUCUAUACUGGAAGUUCAACGACAAAGCGUUUUGGUUGGAGGUGGAACUACCGUACGAGCUCUUGGAUCCUUUUUAUUUGUAGUUCAAGACCCUCGAUUAGUCUUUUAUUUCAAUGGUUCCGAGUACAGCAUGAGUUGCCUUGUUUCUUCAAAUGGACAAUUAGAUUGUUUCAGUCCUUCUCUUGGGAUGUUUCAAGAUACUCAUUUGGUCAAGGAUAUGAAUGAUAAACACAUAUAUACGAGUGAAAAACUUGAUAAUCUCUCUAGUACUAGUGUUCGGACAAAUAGAAAACAAUAUAUUACCUCUCGUUUGCCGAUUUCUCAACCACUGGUGUUGUCUCAAUUGAAAUCAAACCGCGAGUUUUAUAAUUCUGCCUUUAAAUCUAAUCCACCUAAUUGGCCAACUGAUGUACCAUAUGGUUUUAUUAUGGAUGGUGUACAUCAACUUCGCAUAUUUGGUCUCAUUAAAGUAUAUCAAGAUCCUAUUGUAAUUCCAUUUCCUGAUGGUAUUCGUGUGGAAAAUCUUGAUGAUUAUCUAACAGAUGAUUUAACAAACGAUCAACAUAUUGAACUUAAUACUUAUCAAAGUCAAACAUCUAACCAAUCAUUGGAACUUUCAUCUAAGUCAAUUUCAUUGACAAAUACCCAUUCAUUAUUCGAUCAAAUAGAUUAUUCUAAUGUUAGACAAUUAAUUCGAAUUCACGGCCAUUUUGAUGCUCUUAUCAAUGCUCCAGAACUAGCUAAAUCUGAUGAAUUAGUUGUAAGAAUAGGCGAUUCAUUAAUUUGUGAAGUUAAUUCCAUUAUAUUGACAGAGAUACGUUGUGAUUUAGAUAGAAAAAUGAUUCAUAAACAUCAAGAUUAUCCUGUUGAAGUUCAAUUUGGACGUUUUCUUAUUUAUCGUCCUGGUUCUGUUCGCUUUGUUGCUUUACGUCAAGCAGCAUUACGCAGUCAAAUUAUCAUGAUCUUUAUUGGUCUUCUUCUAAUUUUAAUCUUUGUUUGUCUGAUUGGAUUUAUAAUUUGGCGACGUUUUAUGCAACAUCAAAGAAAUUAUCAAGCUAAACUUGAUGAAAAAUACGCUGAACAUGAAAAUCGUGUUGUUCGUAUAUUUAAAGAAGAUUUCAUGGAAUUACAAACAAGUAUGCAAGAAUUUUCUCAAGAAGUGAAAAAGCAUAAUCUACCUUAUCGAGAUUAUAAAACAUUCUGCCUGUUUUCGUUAUUUCCUGAAUAUCAUUGUGAAUUAAUGAAUCCAAUCGAUCCACAUUUAUCUGUUCCAUUAUUAAUUAAAACUGAUGUAACAAUUGAACCACUGAAUAGUGCAAUUGUACCACCUCAUCCAUUGUUGUCACCUUUCACAGUGCAUGUUCGAGCGCAUGAUGAUGCAACCAAAGGAAUCUCGUUAUUUCACGCACUCUUGUGCAAUCGUCACUUUUUAUACCUUUUAAUUCACUUGAUUGAAGAAGAUAAAUAUAUAAUGGCUAAAGAUAAAUCACGUAUUGCUUCUCUACUCUGUGCAGCUUUACAACCGAAAAUGGAUUAUUUGACAAGUGUUAUGUUUGAUUUAAUGACCGAUCUUUUGUACCAACUUCGUCUUCAAGGAGAUGCUCGUUUAGCUACUGCUUUUCGACGAGCUGAAACAAUUGUCGAUAAAAUCCUAUCUAACUGGUUAACGUUCUUAUUGUAUAAGUUUAUUAAAAAUAGCGUCGGCGAAAAUUUAUUUUAUUUUUACCGAGCUCUUCUACAACAAAUAAAUAUGGGUCCACGUGAUGCUAUAACUGGGAAAGCUAGAUAUACAUUAGAUAGUUCUUCAUUACUUCAAACAGAAAUGACUGGAAAACAGAUUACACUCUGUGUUGAAGAUCCUCAGCAAUUAUUUGGUUUAUCUACUUCAUAUAUUUCUGUAAAAGUGCUUGAUUGUGAUACAAUAACUCAGGCCAAAGAGAAAAUUUUAGAUGGAAUCUAUAAAAAUAAGCCAUAUUCAAAACAAAUUAAAUCUACACAAUUAGAUUUAAAGAGAUUAGAUGAACAACGAGUUAUCGCACAAAACCCAGAAAAUGAAUUAUUUACUGGUCAAACUUUAACAGAUUGGGACGUAAAGAUUCGUUCGAAUUCAUCAAAUUCUAUUGAUCAUGACAAGUUACCAUUCCGAUUGAACUGUAUUGCAGAUUAUCAUCUCAAAGACAAUGCACAUGUUGCACUGGUUGCUUGUGAAUUUACUAAAUCCAAUCAUAGUCAGUCCAUAUCGAAUGGAUUACAAUCUAAUGCUUUUCAACCUCAAUCAACAGUAGCUCAAAAUUCAUGCUUUUCCGUGGAUGAAUUUGUUCAUAUACCCCCUAUGUCUCGUCCACUACCACCAAUCUCUCCUACUGGUACUACAAGGUCAGCCAAAAAUAAUACUGACCAGCUAAUAAGUAUCGCAAACCCUUUACUUAAUGCUCAUAUUAGCAGUGAUCGAUUAUAUUUGUCGAAAUUUUCUACUCCAUCUGAUGAACCUUUUUGUUUUCGUCCAGUCGGAACUCCUGAUCCUAAACUUUGGUAUCAUAUAGAGUGGACAGGAAACCAUAAUGACAAUAUCAUGGAUGCUAGUGGAACUAUCAAGAAAUCCAUUAAACGUCUAGAUAAAAGAUCUGAUAACUUAGAGCGUUUGUUAUGCACAUGCAUUGAUAAAGUUGACGAUUCCCAUGCAAAUAAUUCUUUGGGUAAUAAGGGCGAUAUUUCUACACGUGAUUUAAAUCAAAAUGAAGCGACCAAAAUAUGUUCAGAAUGUACAACACGUCACCCUCUUUUAUCGCCUUCUGAGGUAAAUUCUUUAAAGAAUCAUGCUGCCUUACUAUCGGUCAAUAAAUCAAAACGCUUUAAAAAGGGGAAGAAACAUCAUCACAAUCGCUUGAAUUAUAGGAGAGAUACAUCAGAACUUUCAGUUUUCAAAGGUGAAAAAAAUGCAUUAAUGCCAUCUGAAACUUCGAGAAGUUUAGAUCGUCUUAUGGAAACGUUACCAAAAGAAGUGUUCUUUAAUCGACUUUUGUUAACACGCUUAUCUGUCACAAAAUAUAUGGAUAAAUUAUUCGAAGUCAUGUUCAGCAGCGUUGUACAGUCGCAUAGUUUACCAGCUCCAAUUAAAUAUCUUUUUGAUUUUUUGGAUGAUAAAGCAAUUAAACUAGGCGUACACGAUUCGAAAAUAAUUCAUGCUUGGAAAUCUAACUGUAUACAAAUGCGUUUCUGGAAUCAAUUUAUUACCAAUCUGGACUAUAUAUUUGAUGUUCCUUUAUUACGUAACACUGCAUUAGAACGUUCGUUUCAUGCAUUCAGUCAUGCUAUGACCUAUGCAUGUGCACCAAAUAAAGAAAAAAUAACUAAGGAUUCGUCUUGUGUAAAACUGCUUUUUGCUCCAGAUAUUUCUCAACAAUGGGAUAGAGUGCAUAAUUACUAUCGUGAAAUUAAAGCUUUACCUACAGUUGAACAAGAAACAAUGAAUAAUCUGCUACGACAACAUUCUCAGAAUCAUUCUACAGAUUUCAAUGUUUCUUGGGCAGUUUUUGAAUUGUAUACAAAAUAUGUUAGAAAUUAUCAAGAUAUGCUCAUAGCUCAUUUACAACAAGAUGCCAUCACUCGAUCAUACAGUAAUUAUAAAAUUUCAGAGCAAAGCCCUUUUGAAAAAUCUUUUGUGUCUACAAAUACAGAAUGGAAUCCUGUGCAAAUUAUUCAAAUCCUUAUUGAAAUUAAACGAUGUUUAGAUAAUGUACAAACUAUUCAAACAUCAAGCAAUGAUAAAUAUCAUCAUCAUUAUCAUCAAAAUACAAUGCAUCCAAAUAUUAAUUCAUUUUUACCAAGUUCUACAAUAGUUGGUGAUAUUUCUGUUCCAUAUGGUUCAACAACUGCAAUUUUCCGCCCUUCUUGUGCUACUACCACUACUACGACUAAUGUCGAUGUUGGUAAUUUUUCUCAACUCUCUUCUGCUCCAAGUCAAACUGCAACUGAUUGUUUAGAUACACUUCGUUCAUAUAACACAUUAACUACAGAAUUUGCUGGUGAUGAAACUAGUCGAUCUGCACAUCAUUAUUAUUAUCAUCAUCAUUAUUAUCAUUAUCAUCCGAAUGAUACACAAAUUAAUGAUAAUAAUAAUAACACAUCACCGAAUAAACCGGCUGAUUUAUCUGCUCAUUCAACAGCUAUCAGUACAAAUGAUACAUAUGCAGACAGUAUUUCUAAAUAUAAAGAUCCAUUAACUUAA